AGUUGUCACUCUUCCUGCGAGGUGCCGGGACUCGCCCCACGACCGUGGCUCUGUUUGUUUCUCCACGGAUGCUGCAGCUUUUAAUGGAUUCAUUUUGUGCGACCACGUCUUGGAGCAUUUCAAUUAGUUUAAAUGAUUUUAACACCUGGGUGUUUAUCUGUGGACAGAAGUGACCUCCUGGCACUCAACGGUAUUUUCUGUUCCUUGUUGCUUAAUUCUACUGAUGUCUGAGUGUGUCUGUAAAGGAGAAUAGCAAUAGAAUUGCACAUGAAGUGAAAAAUGGCUUCUGCAGAGAACUGUACUAGUUAGGGAACUUCACUGUCCAGCCAAACCACAGGUCAAUUCAAUUUAAAGCGCGCUGCCUAAAAUGACCAGCCCCUCCAGCACACACGACCAGGCGGUGGGCAGAGAGAGCCCGGCCCAGAAGCGGGAGACCUCCCGGUACCGCAGCUGGAGCAGCCUCCAGUUCUCCAGGUGGAGGAGCGGGUCCCAGAGGACGACGCCUCCGGCCACUCCGACGGAGAAGAGGGCCGACGUGAGCAACACGCUCUUCUCCUUGGUCAAGACGCACAAUGAGGACUACACCGCAGACCCGGGCGGCCUGCUGGACCCCACCAGGGGCGUGGAAGUGUUCCUGGACGACCCCACUCAGGACCAGUCCACCUACUUCCAGAAGCAGUUCGGCUCCAUGCUGCAGCCGGGAGUCAACAAGUUCUCGCUGCGCAUGUUCGGCAGCCAUAAGGGGGUCGCCGCUGAACAGGAGCGGGUCAAGAGCUUCGGAGUGUGGAUCAUCCACCCUUACAGUGACUUCAGAUUUUACUGGGACAUUGUGAUGCUCCUGUUGAUGAUGAGCAAUCUCGUCAUUCUGCCCUGGGGCAUCACCUUCUUCGAAGACCAGAACACCACGCCGUGGAUCACUUUCAACGUCCUGUCCGACACGCUCUUCCUCAUGGACCUGGUUUUCAACUUCCGCACGGGCAUCCUGGGCGAGGACAGCCACAUCAUCCUGGACCCCAAAGAGAUCCGCAUGUAUUACCUGCGCACCUGGUUCCUGGUGGACUUCAUCUCCUCCAUCCCGGUGGACUAUAUCUUCCUCAUUGUGGACCUGGAGUCCCGCCACGAGUCGUCCGACGUGUACCGCACGGCGCGGGCGCUGCGCAUCGUGCGCUUCACCAAGAUCCUCAGCCUGCUGCGUCUGCUCCGGCUGUCCCGCCUCAUCCGCUACAUUCACCAGUGGGAAGAGAUUUUCCAUAUGACCUAUGACCUGGCCAGCGCUGUGGUGCGUAUAGUCAACCUGAUUGGCAUGAUGCUGCUAUUAUGUCACUGGGACGGCUGCCUGACCUUCAUGGUGCCUAUGCUGCAGGACUUUCCUCCAGACUGCUGGGUGUCCAAAAACAAUAUGGUGAAUGCUACAUGGCACAUACAGUACUCAUACGCCCUCUUCAUGGCCAUGAGUCACAUGCUGUGCAUAGGCUACGGCGCCCACCCCCCGGAGGGCAUGAGCGACGUCUGGCUCACCAUGGUCAGCAUGGUGGUGGGGGCCACGUGCUACGCCAUGUUCCUCGGCCACGCAACCAACCUCGUCCAGUCGCUGGACGCCUCACACCGCCAGUAUCAGGAGAAGUAUAAGCAAGUGGAGCAGUACAUGUCGUUCCAUAAACUGCCGGCGGACGUGAGGCAGAGGAUCCACGACUAUUACGAGCAGCGGUUCCAGGGCAAGAUGUUUGACGAAGACAGCAUCCUCGGAGAGCUCAGUGAUCCGCUCAAGGAGGAGAUCGUGAGCUAUAACUGCCGCGGGCUGGUGGCCAACAUGCCGCUGUUCGCCAACACCGACCCGCACUUUGUGACGGUGAUCCUCACCAAGCUGCGCUUCGAGGUCUUCCAACCCGGAGACAUGAUCAUACGAGAAGGAACUCUGGGCCGGAAAAUGUACUUCAUCCAGCACGGCACGGUCACCGUGAUCCCACGCGGCAGUAAGGAGAUUAAGCUCAGCGAUGGGGCAUAUUUUGGAGAGAUCUGCCUGUUAACCCAGGGGCGACGCACGGCUAGCGUGAGGGCCGACACCUACUGUCGCCUCUACUCGCUGAGCGUGGACAGCUUCAACGAGGUCCUGGAGGAGCACCCCCUGAUGAGGCGGGCGUUCGAGAGCGUGGCUGUGGACCGUCUGGACCGCGUUUCCCGCAGGCCCAGCUAUCAGCCUCCCACAACAGAGUGAUAUCCUCAGCGCCGGAGAGACUAAUGAUGGAAAAGCUGUGGAUAUUUGACAUUCUUUGAACUUGAUGGACAACAUAUCAUUGCACUUUAAAUAUAAUGUGCUUCCCAUUAUGUAAUUUUGUUUAAGGAAUUUCCAUCCGCAAAGAUUUCAUUUUGUGAUAGGUAUUUGUACACCUUUCCCAAUCAGUCCACUGUACAAUCGACAAACUGUGAGAAAAUACUAUUUUCUUUUCUCAAAAAUGUUUAUUUUUGGUGAUUUAGGCUAAUGUAAUUUUUAUUAUCAGCAACUCCAGCUUUUUAAAAAGUAAAUACUACCACUAAUAAUCAUUUUCAGCUCCAUGGAUUCUUCCUGAGGCUGGAGCUCAAACGUCCAUCACAUCAGUCAUGCAGGGUCCUGGAGACACACGAGCAGCAGCUGGGCAAUACAUCCCACAGCUUUAUGUAGCUCAGACGCAGAUGAUCCCUCAGAUCUGUAGGUUGCGUCGAGUGAGGGUUAAGUACCAGAGUUUACUGAGGAUAAGCUGCUGUGAUGUAAUAACUCCAACUGUACAGCGGCUGGCUACUGUAUAUGCAGCUAUGCUGUAUAGCUAUUUAUAUCACCACAUCUGGAGGUGGUAAAUCAUUAAUACUGUAAUGAGAAAGUCAUGCGAAAAAAAUCUAUGCAAUCUAUGCAUCUCUACAAUUUAGUACCCACGAUUUAUAGGCGUUUUUAUUUUAGUUACUGUUUUCCUGUAAAAUGCACCUUUUUAAAUAAAACCUUUAAAAAUGUCGUUAUAAAAAUGAACCUUAAAAUAGUAUUUUAUUGUGCACUUUAAUUUCUAGAAAAUAGCAAUAUUAUUUACUAAUACAUUCAAAUAAUCCUUCAUAAUAGGUGAGGCUACAAAUUUGCCAUAUUUGGACUUGGUGGUAACGUGAACAACGACCAGUUGUGUUCUGUCCUAGUGAACCAGCCUGCACAACACCAGGACCCUGGAACUGGAGCAGCUAAAUGGAGUCCAGCUUUAAACAAUGUUAUUCCGUACAGAUCUGCUUGCUACUAUAUAAAAUAAAGCAAACAUUCUUUACUUACUGGUAAAAUUCUGCCACUGUGCAAGAUUGACAUACUGUGAAUAAGCUACUAAUCUGCACAAUAAAAAUGGACAUUUACUGUAUAUUCAUUGGAAUUUGAACUUUUUUAAUAUUGUUUCUAAUACAGCUGAGUAUCUUUUUAAGUGUGUUCCCUAGCCCUGGAGCAUCCGAACACUUACGUUAGGGUGCUGUUUUUGUCAACUUCAGUUGAGCGUUUAAUACCAUUAUCCCAAACAAAUUGUCUAUGAAACUCAAUGACUUGGAUCCGCCUACAUCACUGUACUCCUGGAUGAGAGACUUUCUCACCAACAGAUCACAAGUAGUAAAAAUUGGGAACCACAUGUGAUCUACUGUAGUCUUAAACACAGGCACACUGUGUGCUCAGUCCAGCCCUCUUAACUCUCUACACCCACGGCUGCUCAGUCAUCUACUCAUCGAAUGUGUUCAUAAAGUAAAAAAAAUCCUGUGUCUGAAUGUAACAGUGUGAUACAGGAGCUGCACUCACGAAAAGAAAACGGACUGUUUUAACCGCUUUCCUCAGACGAUGUAAUAUAAUAAUAUAUGUACAAU